CAGGUAUGAGUGACUAUCCCGCCGUUUGACCAUGCUGCUUGGGAAGCCGACGCCGACCUAGAGGAGCGCCUUGCCUGAUGCUGACGUAGACACACCCACGCGCGCGGAGGCAGCCGGAUUCAAGCACAACCAUGCUGAUCAAGGAGUAUCACAUCCCCAUGCCGAUGAGCGUGGAGGAGUACCGCAUCGCUCAGCUCUACAUGAUCCAGAAAAAGAGCAGAGAGGAGUCCUACGGCGAGGGCAGCGGAGUAGAGAUCCUGGAGAAUAAGCCGUAUAAGGAUGGCCCCGGCGGUUCAGGGCAGUACACCCAUAAGGUCUAUCACAUCGGCAAACACAUCCCGUCCUGGUUUUGCUCUAUUCUGCCACAAGCUGCCCUACGAGUCGAGGAGGAGUCUUGGAAUGCCUACCCCUACACACGGACCCGGUACACAUGCCCCUUUGUGGAGAAGUUCUCAAUUGACAUUGAGACAUAUUAUAAACCAGAUCCAGGAAAUCAAAUGGACGUCUUCAAUCUAUCCUCUGCUGAAAGGAGACAGAGGACUAUAGAUCCGAUUGACAUUGUGAAGGACUAUAUCCCUCCUCAUGAGUACCUGGUGGAAGAAGACCCGAAGCUGUAUCAGUCUCUCAAGACAAAGCGAGGUCCGCUGUCAGAGGACUGGAUCGAAGAUCUCAGCCAUAAUCCUGGUCAGAGUCCUGUCAUGUGCGCCUACAAGCUGUGCAAAGUGGAGUUCAGAUACUGGGGCAUGCAGUCCAAGAUUGAACGUUUCAUACAUGACGUGGGUCUGCGUAAGGUGAUGGUUCGAGCUCACCGGCAGGCGUGGUGCUGGCAGGACGAGUGGUAUGGCCUCACCAUUGAGGACAUCAGGCAGCUGGAGCUGGAGACCCAGCUGGCUCUUGCAAAGAAGAUGGCUCACUUUAGCCUCAGUGAAGAGGGGGGUGCAGAGACCAACGGAUCCUCUGCCAGCCAAGAGCAGGAGCAGGCGAGACAGACAGUCGGAGUGGAUGCAGAGGCAGAAGAUGGAGGUGUGAUGAUAUCAGAUUCCCUGGAGACACGAGGGGAGCUAACCAAACAGUGGUCAACAUCUUCAAGGUCAUCGAAUAGAUCAUCUAAGAGAGGUGGCAGUCCGUCUCACCAGAGCCUUUCAGAGUGGAGGAUGCAGAGCAUCGCCAGAGACUCAGAGGACAGCACGGAUGAUGAAUUCUUUGAUGCACAUGAGGACUUCUCUGAUAAUGAGGAGAUAUUUGUAAAAGAGAUCACGAAGUGGAGCUCCAAUGAUCUUCUGGACAAGAUGGAAACUAUUGAAGUUGAUGAGGCACAAGAACCUCUGUAUCAGGACUCGUGUGGGCAGUACGCUGUGAUGAGCAGUGAGGAGACACGCAUGGAGGGUGGAUCAUCUCAGCAGUGGCUCCAGCCCUGUAAGAUUCAUGUUCUGGUUCUGGUUCUGCAUGGAGGCAACAUUUUGGACACUGGCUCUGGUGAACAAAACAGCAAGCAGGGUGACAUGAACACCCUGAGUGGUGCUUUUGAGACGGUGAUGAGGGUCCACUAUCCUGCAGCACUGGGACGUAUCGCCAUCCGGAUGGUACCCUGUCCUGCUGUGUGUGUUGAUGCUUUCUCACUGGUUUCCAAUCUGAGCCCCUACAGCUACGACGAGAGCUGCCUGUCCAGCAGUCAGGACCACAUCCCGCUGGCUGCUCUUCCCCUUCUGGCGACCUCCGCUCCACAGUACCAGGACGCCGUGGCGGCCGUCAUUUUACGAGCCAAUCAGGUGUACAGCGACUUCAUCAAGUCUUUGGAGGGAGCGUCUUUCACCGGCCAGGUGUGUGUCGUCGGUGACUGUGUGGGAGGAAUCCUCGGCUUCGAUGCGCUGUGCAGCAGCUCUGUGACGGUGUCAGAAAGCCAAAACAGCAGCAGACGGGGAAGCACCAUCAGCGUGCAGGACGCAGACCUUCUCUCUCCAGGCAUUGUUAUAAACAGCGUCUCUCUGUCCUCGCCAAGCCUCGAGGGGAGUCGCCAGCUGAGCCGCAGCAACAUCGACAUCCUUCGUUGCUCGGGGGCCGACGAUCCCAAGAAACAGCUUCCGCGAAAACGCAGCGACUCCUCCACAUACGAGCUGGACACUAUCAAACAUCACCAGGCCUUCUUGUCCAGUCUUCACUCCAGCGUGAUCCACGGGGAGGCCGGGUCACGGCGUUCCAGUAACAACAGCACCGUGCUGGACGGAGGCUCCUUAGGGAAGUUCGACUUUGAGGUGACGGACUUCUUCCUGUUUGGCUCUCCUCUGGGGUUGGUGCUCGCUCUGAGGAAGACGGUGGUGCCUUCUUUAGACGUGUCGGCUCUGCGUCCGGCCUGUCAGCAGGUCUACAACCUGUUUCAUCCGGCCGACCCCUCGGCAUCUCGCCUCGAGCCUCUCCUGGACAAGAGGUUCUACCUGCUGCCUCCCUUUAGCGUCCCGCGCUACCAGCGCUUCCCUCUGGGUGAUGGACACUCAGCUCUUCUGGUUGAGACGGUGCAGAGUAACCCUCAGCUUCUGAUGGAGUGUACGGGCGCUGUGUCUCAUCGCUGUCAGCACGGCACUGUCAGUGAGAUGUCCAUCCCUGUCCCGGUCCUGAACUGGCAGACGUCACAGCCCCACGUAGACGCAGAUUCUCUUCACACCCAUAUUCAUGCAGACGGUCAGUGGUCCUCGUCCACCUCACCCGGGGUCCCUCACCUACGGAGCAACCGCAGGACCAGUGAGGCCAGCAUCGCCAGCCAGGUGUCGGGUUUAGCCGACGCUUACACCGCUUCCAACAUCGCCACCACGCACACUGGUGAUGGCAGCCACACAAAAAGGCCCGGCUUGCUGUCCCAUCUGACUCUACCCUACAAUAAACUUGCCGCGCUGAGUCCGUCCCCGUGGUUGCGCAAGAAGAUCCGCCAAGUGUUCCUGAGCCCCGAACGAGUGGGGUCUGAACACAGCUUGGAGGUGACCUCUGACCUCAGCGAUGUCGCCUCUGACAUCAGAGAUAUCAGCUCCGCCCUACCAUCUCCCGCAGUGCUGAGGAAUGUACAGCAAGUUGCUUCUCGGUGGUGGGGUAGUAAGAGGAUAGACUAUGCCCUCUACUGUCCUGAUGCCCUGACUGCGUUUCCCACAGUGGCUCUGCCUCAUCUCUUCCACGCCUCCUACUGGGAGUCCACAGACGUCAUCUCCUUCCUCCUUAGACAGGUGAUGAGACAUGAGAACUCCAGUAUUUUGGAGCUGGAUGGUAAAGAGGUGUCGGAAUUCACGCCGUCCAAACCCCGUGAGAAGUGGCUCCGCAAGAGGACUCAUGUUAAAAUUAGGAAUGUCACCGCCAACCACCGCGUGAACGAUGCUGUCUGCACGGAGGAUGAAGGCCAGACGGUGACAGGGCGGUUCAUGUAUGGCCCUCUGGACAUGGUCACGCUUACUGGAGAGAAGGUUGACAUCCACAUUAUGACGCAGCCCCCCUCUGGAGAGUGGGUGUACUUUGACACGCAGCUCAGCAACAGCAGCGGCCGCGUGUCUUACGUGAUCCCAGAAAACAAAAGGCUGGGUAUCGGGGUCUACCCGGUCAAGAUGGUUGUCAGGGGCGACCACACGUUUGCAGACAGUUAUCUGACUGUUGUGCCACGAGGAACCGAGUUUGUCGUGUUCAGUAUCGACGGCUCGUUUGCUGCCAGUGUGUCUAUUAUGGGCAGUGACCCAAAGGUUCGAGCUGGAGCAGUGGAUGUGGUUCGGUACUGGCAGGACUUAGGCUAUCUGAUAGUCUACGUGACGGGUCGUCCCGAUAUGCAGAAACAGCGUGUGGUGGCCUGGCUCUCACAGCAUAACUUCCCCCACGGCAUUGUGUCCUUCUGUGAUGGUUUGGUUCACGACCCACUCAGACACAAGGCCAACUUCCUCAGAACUCUCGUCAGUGAGGCCCAGAUGAGGAUUGUUGCUGGGUACGGCUCCUCCAAGGACAUCUCUGUCUAUACAUCUGUUGGCCUGCCUCCAUCCCAUAUCUACAUCGUAGGAAGGCCCACGAAGAAAAUGCAGCACCAGUGUCAGUUCAUACCGGAUGGUUAUGCCAACCACCUGUCCCAUCUGGAGUACAGCCAAAGGUCUCAUCCGUCCAAGUCUCCCAGCACACGCAUGGUCCUCCGCAAGGGUAGUUUUGCACUGGGUACUGCAGGAGGAGACUUCCUUCGCAAACGCAAUCACAUUUUUCGCACCAUGACCUCUCAGCAAGCUGGCGGGACGGGCACCGUCUCUCCCAACCUCCCGGGGCGGACUGAGCGCACACUCAGCCAGUGUGACAUGGAGCGGGAUCGAGGGGUCGCGACAGCAACACAGAGGAGCAUGAGCAUAGCAGCCGGGUGCUGGGGCCGGAGCGGGAGCACCAAGGAGGGCAGCGGAGGACUGACCAGACCCAAGUAACGGUUCAGUGGAGCUGUGGGGUUGAGGGACCGGACCUCAACCACCAUGUGACCUCUGGAGUGGAACC